AUGGGCGCCGACCUCCUGGUGCAGGGCAGCGUUGAGAUCAACACCGACCUCACGGUCAACACGGACGCUGCCGUGCUGGGCGACUUCUCGGUGCGCGGCUUCGUGCACACGGACGGCGAGCUGCUCGUGGAGAAGAUCACCAGCCUGGGCAACAAUCUCACGGUCGUGGGCGAGACGAGCCUCGGAUUGCACCUGGACGUGCAGGGCGAGACCACGCUGCACCAAUAUCUCUACGUGGACGACGACGCCCAGGUGACUGGCACGCUGUUCGUCGACUUCGAUCUGACGGUGCAGCGCUACCUCAGCGUGUCCGACGACGCCGCCUUCGGCGCCAACGUCCAGGUCGACGGCACUCUCCACGUCAGCGGCAUGACGUCGCUGCGCGACAGGCUUGUCAUGCGCGGCCCGUUGCUUGCUACGGCGCUGUUGUUGGUGACAUUCCUUCUCGCGGUUAGCGCCGCCAGUGACCAGACCAGAGGACUGCCAAAGGGGGAGGUGGUGCCCUUCGAUGCGCCGCCGACGGCCGAGUGCGGACCCGCCACGGCUGAACUGCUGUUGUGGGGCGUGGAAACGAACCUGCUGACAGCCGACCAGCACCUGCACCUUCUCACCGAGUGCCAGCACCGCGUCGCCAUGGACCAGCAACGACCAGGUCUUGUGGGCCAAGCGCUGGCGGCAGUGAACUCGCGCUUGACACUCAUCAACGUGCUGUACUUCUUCGGCGCCCUGCUCGUCAUCUGCGCCAUGACCCUGUUCAUGACACUCGGCUGGGAAUCGUUCGGUGGGUGGGGCAUCUUCACGAUCGCCACCAUGUACGGACUCAUCUUCGCCCUCAUGGGCCGCUUCUUCUGGAACCCUGCCGGAGAUGAAGGGUGGAACACGCUGGGCGGCCUUCUGUUCACCGUGUCCAUCUCGAUGACGCCGCUCGCCGUCUACGGCGUGGAGCGGGCCACCGGCAUCUGGCCGGGCGUCAACGGCGGCUCCUACGCCGACUAUUACCGUUGGCUGCCGAUGGAGAUCGUCACGUGCGUCGUGGGGUCAGUGGUGCUCUACUUCGUCCGCUCCCCGUUCCUGACGAUGCCCGUCGCCAUCACCCUGUGGCUCAUGUCCAUGGACCUCACGGCCGUCCUCUACAGCAAAGCAGAGGGCGAAGGUGAGCAUGUAUUUGGCGCGGCGGUGCUGGGCGGCGCCUAUUACGUCGACAGAUGGCUGGGCUGCUCGCAGGACUUCGCCUUCUGGUUCUACCUCGCGGGCGUCGUCUCCUUCUGGCUCGGUCUCACGCUCCAGGGGAGCUCGCACGAAGCGGGAGGCGUGGUCUACCUGGCCAUCAACAUGCUCAUGAUGGUCUACGCCCAGAUCGCCGACCGAGUCAUCUUCACGCUCUUCGGCUUCGCCGGCAUUCUCCUCCUGGCCUAUGUGUCGAUAGAAAGGAUGACCAUCAAAUAUGCGACGUUCGUCUACAUGCGCGGGGUGCUCGCCGUCAUCCUGCUCCUCGCCGCCCACAAGUACAACGCUUCCGCGCCCUACUGGGCGUCGCUGGUCGUCAUCGGCCUCUACAACACGCAAGUCGCGUUAAAGGGCGCCAGCGAGUUUGAGGCCAUUCACAUCCUGCGGCUUCUCUUCAACCUUGGGCUCUACGAGGGAAGUUCGGCGUUCGCCGGGCACAAGGCCUCGCUGCUGUUCUUUGACAUCGACGCGCAGCUCCCGCUGGCCCUGGUGGCCGGCGUGUCGAUGCUCGUCUUCCACGCUCCCGCCAUCGUCAACCGGAGCCGCUUCUUCCUCGGCUAUCGGCUCAUCCUGUGCCACGCGAUGAUGCUCGGGUCGGUGUACUGCCCGAGUCUGCUCUACCUUGGCGCGCUCGGCAUCGCCAUCUACGUGGCCAGCAGGCACCGUCGCAGACAGACCACCUUCCGCCAAUUCAUGCUGAACUACUUCCUCGGCGUGUCCCUGGUGGUCUUCUCCGAGAUCUUCGACUCGCGGAUCGUCUUCUACGUGGGACUGGCCGUGUGUCUGCCCUCGGCAUUCGGCUGCUUCGACCACAACUGGCGCCAGAAUGCCUACAAGGGCAGCCUGUUCUGCGCGUUCAGUGUGGCGGUGGUCCUGGUGUCGGUCCUCUUCCAGAGCCAGUUCCUCAUUAUCCUCGGCGGCGGCUGUGUGUUUGCCUAUCUGUCCUACUUGGCCUACAACGUGUUCCGCAACUCCCUCCUGUUCCCGUUCGCCCUCACCGGCAUGGGCCUGGGUGUCCUGUUCGUUGGCAUUCAGUACCAGAAGCACCAGGACGGACUGCACCACGCGCUGCUUACCCUUCUGCCGGCCUCGCUCGACCCGAGCCUCUUCACCCUCGCGAAUGUGAACUAUGGCCUGCCCGCGUGGGCGCAGCAGGUGGUGUGGCUCCCGGGGCUCGUGGAGCUGGUCGGCGCCCUCCCCGAGUACGCGCUCCCGCUGGCCAUCGCCGCUGUCGCCGCGCUGGCCCUGGUCUUCCUCGCCCUCGAGCUGUUCCUCUUCCCACCCAUGGACACGAGCGCGAUGCUGCCGAUCGGGGCGCGUGAGGUCAUCUGGCCGCAGAACACGAGCGGCCACGGCCUCACCUUCCACGUUGACGGCUUCAAAGCCGAAGAGUUCACGCUCUCGCAGGCAUACCUUCAGCUGUCGGGCGACCACGUGUGGACCUUCUUCGAGCGCAACUUGGGCCACCUCGCCGUCAACGCCUUCCGCUAUGGCUUCCAUCCGCUCAAGCUCUGUCCGUCGUACAUGGACCCCGAGGCCUUCCAGCAGGGGAAGGACGACUUCUCGGUCGACAUCAACCUCGGGACGGGCCACAAUGGCACGCAGCGCGUCUCUCACGCCACGCUCCUGCGUCACCUGAACGUCCUCAACAACUCGGGAACUUCCAGCUUCAGCCUCCAAGUGGUGCAGCGGUCGGGUCUCUUCUGGCGCAACCGGCGCCUGCUGUUUGAGAUCCCCAUACGGGGGCCGCAGAUCUUGAUCAGCGCCUACCACGCAGCCAACCACAGGGCCACAAUUUAA